ACCUGGAUGGCGAAACAAUGACCACACAACUGUUGACACUAUAACAAUGGGCUGGAGGCGGACUGGACUCGAGAGUGGUCACUGGGGUAGGUGGCUGGGGGAUGGGGUUGAAUCCUUUGGCUAUUUAUACUCCACUGCCUUUCAGUGGGGAAAAUGGCUUUAAGGCCUCAAGUGGUGUGGCGUGGGAGCGUGGAGUGGGGCCAAAAGAAGCCCACUGACCCAGACAUAUGUACAUAUGCCAGGCAAAAGGUCGGUGGUCGGCGCUACUCCUCCACCCACCACUUGUCGCCGUGAGAGUGCAGGGGUGGCUUCAAAUCGACUGCGAAAUAUGAGUGGGGGUGCGGCUAGUUUUCGGCUGGAUUUCCCUGGGAAUUUUUCAUUCAAAUUGUGGAGGAUUUUUCUACCACUGAAUAACCCCUGACAUCGUACAACGAUUCAGCUUUCUGCGCUUCAAGUUUCCUCGUCUCAUUGCCCUACAGACCAUAGAAAAACUCAUAGUCCCUAAGCCUAGAAAUACGCCUUUCAUGCAAACGAUUUUACUCCUAUCCGGAAUGCGAAUGGGUUCCAUUUCAUAUGAAUUUGGUUUUCCCUUAAUCUCAAGAAAAUUUCUUCUGAUUGGAGAUCCUGAACAAUGCCUUUGGUUCCGCUUGUGUCGUCAUCAUCAGAUAUGAGCUCACUCUCUCUCUCUCUGCACUGUCGUCUAUCUCUCCCCUUCUCACAAUGGUCAGUCCAGGUGCAGGCUCGGCUAGAGUGACUUCUGUUGGGGACUACGGGUGCCACGGGUCAGACAAUGCCACAGUCCGCGUGGGGCGUAGGGUGCACAAGCGAACGGGCCCCCACUUUUAGGGCUUCUCCACCGACGGGCAGCACGCAUUGGACUCCGGCAAUCCUACUCAGUUGAAUGCGCGUCGUCGUGGAAAGAACGUCGCUCGCCCUACAGUUUGACACGCACACACACAGUUUUAGAGCCGCGUUCUCUCAAACUGUAGCAGUGGAGGAGCUGCAGGCAGCAGCAGCAUCCGUUCUUCGUGGAUUAUUCUUGAGCUUUUUUCGAUUGGGAUAUCUUCGUAGAGAUAUAUCUUUGGAUAUCUCUCUUGUUGAUGUUGUUGUUGUUGUACAGUUUUCCGCUGCGGAAUUUGUUGGGGCGGAAAAGCGAGAGGUGGCAAAAGGUAGCAGGAAGCCCUCAAAGUGUCGACGAAAAUCGUUAAAAAAUAGAAAAACACACAUUGCGACUAUGUCAACCCUCGCUUGAAGACCGAUCCGAUCCGACCCAGCGGACAGGCACAAUAGAAGGAAGGAGCGAAGGGAGAGGACGAACCACGGCAGACACUAGUAGACUCCACAUCCCGAACCCACUCAGGAUUCGCAUGGACAAAGGCACAAUGAAGCGCAAGCAGAGGAGAUACAGAACCACCUUCAAUACGCUGCAACUGCAGGAGCUGGAGCGGGCCUUCCAGCGCACCCACUACCCGGAUGUCUUCUUUCGGGAGGAGCUGGCCGUGCGCAUUGAUCUGACGGAGGCUCGGGUCCAGGUGUGGUUCCAGAACCGCAGAGCCAAGUGGCGCAAACAGGAGAAGAUUGGCGGCAGCAUGGGGGACUACAAAGAAGGAGCUCUGGAUCUGGAUGUGGCCUACGAUGAUAGUGCGGCGGUUCUGGGUCAAUUGGAUAGUGCAUUGGGUGCUGGCGGUACCCUGCUGCCGGACACCCCGCCGCAGUCAUCCAAUUCGCUGGACAACGAACUGAAGGCGCCCUAUGGAACUGGGGCCCUGUCGCCGUCACGGCUCUCGCCCAACAUCUUCCUCAACCUGAAUAUCGAUCACCUGGGCCUGGAACGGGGUGGCAGUGGCCUGUCCAUGGAGUGGUCCACCUAUCCGCCGCAGCAGCAGACGGAACCGCAUCCGCACUCGCAGAUGGAGUCCGAGCAGCAGCAUCAGCACCCGCCUCAGCAGCAUCAUCAUCAUCAUAAUCAUCAUCAGCAUGAGCACCAACAGCCACAGCAGCAGGAGCAGGACCACCAUGAGGGACUGGAGUUUGCUGCCUGCUCCCUGGACCUGGACAUGGCUGAUGGGUCCUCCGCCUACGACGAGAUGAAGUUCCUCAGCGUGGACCAGUUCACCAUCGACAGCUUCAAGGCGGACUGCAUCCUCAGCAUGGAGCAGUCGCCGCUUCCGCUCCCGCAGAUCGCUCCCUACGUGAGUCACGCUCCGUCCCACCUCAGCUCCAAUGGCGACUCCAAUGGCCUCCAAUCGCUCUGCCUGGACGGGAUUGGGUCGAGUAGUGGCCUCGGCAUGGCCUCGUUCGGCGGUGGCCUCUCCUGUUCGCUGCUCUCCCACCAAUUGAGUGACGGGGAUCAUUCAAAGGGAUCAUCGCCCCCCUCCCUGCUGGUGCUGGACAAGACGCUGCCCUCGCUGAGCAUUGGAGUGGAGGGCAUAGCCGACCUGGUCGAGCAGCUGCAUCAUCAUCAUCACCAGCAUCAGCAUCACCAUCAUCAUCAGCAUGAGGCGGGGGCCAGCGAUAUCCUGUGAAUCCAAUUUAGGCGAAUCAAAUGCAUAGUUAAACUAAUCUUGAACCCAAUCUUAAUGUUAAUUUUAAUUGAUGUUGCUAUGAUGAUCCAGGAUUGCGGAGGAGAGAGUGGAGUGGACAGAAGCCAGUUCUAGUUAUAGUUAUAUUCUUGUUUUCUAGUCAAUGUUCUAGUCGAAUAAGUCGAUAUCUAAGUUCAAGACCCAACACAAGGUGGAGGUACACUCACAAAGAUGAUUAUAGAAUACCUUUUUGGAUGGAA